AUGAUCGACCUGCUGGUCAAAGACCUGGACAAGGAGAUGACGGAGGCCAAGGUCAUGGAGAAGAACUCCCAGGCUGCCUACGAGCAGCUGAUGGCCGACUCGGCCUCCAAGAGGGCCGCGGACCUCAAGUCCAUCAGCAAGAAGACCAGCGAGAAAGCGAACCUGGAGCAGGCCAAGGAGGCGGACACCAUGGCCCUCAAGUCGUCCGAGAAGGAGCUCAUGGCGACCAAGGCGUACGAGUCGAACCUGCACGCGGAGUGCGACUGGAUCAUGCAGUUCUUCGACAUGCGAAGAGCGGCCCGCGCGGAAGAGACGGACAACCUGAAGGCGGCCAAGGCCAUCCUGUCGGGCGCCGACUUCUCCUUCGCCCAGCAGGCCCAGCACGGCGCCCCCUCCCCGCGGCUGCGGGGCGCCUGA